UACAUUUCAAAACAGCGAAGAAGAAGAAGAUCAGCUGACUUAAGCUAGUAGUAGCUGUAGAAAUAAAUACUGGGACGAAUGAAUUGAAUAACUGUGAAGUGUAAGCUCAACAGUCUGUGAUAUUUCAGAUACAUCUCUGCACAUGAAGUAAAUCUAUAUCAGAAUGAAAGGUUUGUACUGCCGAGCUAGUGCGAGUGAUGCUGAGCCCGAGUUCGUGAUUCAGGACACGAAGCUUCCGGAGGCCUUAGGCAGCCAUCAGGUGCGAGUUCAGGUAAAAGCAUGUGGACUCAGCCCUCUGGAUCUCAAGCUUCUUGGAGACAUGGGGAUGCUCAGAGAUUUAAUUCCUGUUGGCAGAGAGAUAGCUGGGGUCGUUCUGCAAGUGGGCGACAAGGUCUCUUUCUUCCAGACUGAUGAUGAGGUCAUAGGGAUUCUGCCUCUAGACUCUCCCUGCUCUGGACUCUGUGAUACCAUUGACAUCGAUGAACACUUAUUAGUCCAGAAACCAGAGAAGCUCAGCUCGGUGUGUGUAGCGGGAGGGCUGCGUGACGGCCUCUGUGCUUACACUGCUCUACACACGCAUGCUCACAUGGCAGCCGGACACACACUCCUGGUCAUGGAUGGAGCGAGUUCUUUUGGCCUCAUGUGCGUCCAGCUGGCUUCUUACCACGGAGUGAAGGUUCUGACAACAUCACACACACCACAAACACACACAUUCCUGGAGCAGCUUCGGCCAAGCGUAGGUGUUCAGGACCCUUUGGUCGCUAAAGUGAUUCCAGUGUAUAAGGACUCAUCAGACCUGCUGUCAGUGGUUUUGGAGGAGACAGGAGGACUGGGAGUGGAUAUAAUCAUAGAUUCAGGAGUGCGUCUCCAAGAGGAGUCUUCGGAGGGGAUGAAGCUCCUCCCACACAAGCAUGACAUCAUCAGUGUGCUGGGAGUCGGGGGGCACUGGGUCACGUCCCACAAAGACCUGCAGUUGGAUCCUCCAGAUUGCAGACUGCUGCACUUAAAAUCUGCCUCUGUGACUUUCCUCAACUCUGAAGUCUGGACGAUGUCAUCAGCUCAGCAAGGGAGAUACCUCCAUAUUCUGAAGGACAUUGUGGAGAAGAUGUCAACUGGAGUACUCAGACCUCAGCCUGAGGAGGCGGUUCCUCUUUAUGAAGCCACAGUUGCCAUGGAGACCGUUCAGCGUCAGCAGAAGAAAAAGGCUGUUGUCCAACUCUGACCAAAAAAAAAAAAACCCAGAUAUAUA